CACAUUCUAUUCGAUUUUGGUUGGGUUGUUGUUGUUAUUCUUUAACGACACUAAUUUGUAGCCCUAUGACUUAAAAAGUAUUAUAAAUAAUGUAUAGAGGAUGUCGAAAAUUGUAAUGAAUCAACUCACUCACCCCCAGCGUGUCCGACUCCUGUACAAAACCAUUCUGCGACUCCACCGAGGAAUGCCGGCAGAGCUCCGAGCUCUGGGCGACAACUAUGUGCGGGAUGAGUUCCGGCGACACAUCAAGUGCAAUCCCAUGGAGGCGCAAUUCUUCAUGACCGAGUGGGCGCGUUAUGCUUCAACAAUCACACAGCAGCUAGGCCUGCGGGGCAAGCCCAAGGGCGAGCUGGGCGAGGAGAUGGACCCGAAGGCCGUGGAGAUGCUAAAGGACGACCAAGUUGUGCAGCUGUACGAGCUCAUGCUGGCCGCCCGGGCCUCGAUGGCGAUACAAUCACUGCAGAAGAUGUGCGGGGCAAAUAAACCUGUUAGUAAUUUUAUUGAACAAAUUGUUUCUCCAGUACCUUGUACUCGAACUUAAUGCCGUUCUCCUCCUGCA